GACAGUUGGCACUAACUUUUCGGUGGAUGUCGACGACACGUCUUACCGAUUUCUACGAACAUACGAUUUGCCCGUCGUUGAUCCGUGGCACGAGAGAAAAGGUGGUAAUAAACAAUGGCCACGACACAACUAAAUAGGACACGAACAGUAAAAAAAAUCGAAAAACCUCGGCCACUUAAACUUAUUCAUCGACAUACGACCGUCGAUGGACGGAUCACGACAGUGGAGGACAUAGUGUCCUUAAUCGACAAUGUUACGAUGCAACUAACUAAUGGCUUCCAUGACCAAACGCUGCAAAUGAAUGUGGUUACAAUGUGUAAUCAUUUGAAACUUUAUGCACAUCAACUAGAAGCUAUUUACAAAGAUCAGCUGGACAGAGCUUUUGUCGCAAUAAGGAAUGGAAGUCAAGACGAGAGACUAGAUCUGACGACUAGGGUUCACUUGUUGGAACUCAUAGAACUGCGAGCUAAACAAUGGCGUCACACAGACUCUAUGGAUGUAUAUUAUACUCAUAAAUUAUCACACCUUGAUAAUACAGAAGGAACUCUAGAAACACUUGCAAAUCCAUUGGCUUCACCUUUGAUGGUUGCUUCACCAACUGCUACUUCUAUACUCGGUCCUGGUGAUGUCAUUAAAAAUAGUGGAAAAUUUGCUAAACCUACUCGGAUUCCUGGUAAAAAUUAUUGCAAAGAUGAAGUUGUUAUACGCAACAGUGAUUCUGGUAAAGUGAUGGGAAUAAAAGGGCGUCGUGUUCACAUGAUCGAAGAACUGAGCCAGACGAUCAUCUCCUUCCAGCGAGUAAACCCUGGGGCUAAAGAACGACUUGUCCAAAUAACUGGCACUUCCGAGGACAAGAUACAUUAUGCGAAGGAUUUAAUAAAGGAUACGAUUCAACGAAAUGCAUCCCCGAUACGAUUGGAGCAAGGUGGAGGAGAAAAAGGAGGUAUAGGAGGUUCAAGUUCUUCUUUAAAUAGUAGUGCAUCUGAAGAAAGUAAUCGAUUGCAGCAACAUCAACAACAGAAUUCUCGUUUGAGAAGUUCACUCCUUCAUAGCUUCUCCACCAACGACGCCAGUAUUGGCGAAUAUAAAUAUACAGUUACAGUCGACAAUCAAUCCCUUAAGAUUACAGGAACAAAUUUGGAUCUUGUUAGGACUGCAAAAUUAGUGUUGGAUGAAUACUUCUUAGGAGAUUCUGAACAAUUUGGAAGUGGAAUAGAAUAUUUUACUUUUGAUGAUAAACCUAUUUCUACUGAUAAUAAUUUAGCACAAACGCCAUUAACUCCAAGUAAUGCCGUUUCAUUAGGACGAGAAUUAAGUAUGGAUAGUACAGCUACUUCGGAAAGUGAAGAAACAUAUAAAUCACAUCUUGUUACAGAUAUUCAAUCAUCUGAUCAAGAUUCAAAAGUCAGAGAACUUACUUAUGAGUUCUUGCUGCUAUGCUCUACAGGUCCUUAUGCAAAACGACCUCCUGCAGAUUGGGCUCGUAUACAAAAGGAAUGCCCGAAUAUUGUUCGUAAGGCACCGAUUCGCUGGUUCGAACCGGAGACAUACAAAGCAAAAGUAGCGGCAGCUGGUAUCAUUGCAAUAUUACCUGCUGGUGAAGGAGAAACAGACCCUGAGUGAGAUUAUAUUUUCAAAUCAUGCUUAUAUACAUUGCACUUUAGAGAAAGAAAAUCUUCCAAUUAAUUUAUCUCGUGCCUUCUUACGAAUGCAUUGUGAUAAAAUUUAUAUGAAUGAUAAUGGUAACAAAGAACAAUUCUAAGUUACUUAUUAUACUUUUACAGUUGUACUAAAAUAUGUAUUGUGAUUUAAUGGAAAUUUGAUCGUAAAAAUUUUCAUUAAUCAAUAUUUCAUUACAACGAAAUCACGUAGAUGUAGUUAUACUAAUAAUAGUAUGAUGUUCUUAUAUACAAAUGGAAUUUUCAAUCUUACAAAGCAUUUAUGCUUGGUACAGGAUGUAGCCAGAAAACAAAAUGCAAAGUUAUAUAAAUAAACAAAAAUUCACGAUUUGUUGGUCAUAAUUAAUAUGACACGAUUUAGGUAAAUAAUAAAUAUCCAAUCUGAUUUGAGUUGUCACCUAUCUUAUAAUUAGUGAUAUUAUUAAAAAAAAACAAACAGAAACAAAAACUAUUAAUAUGGACUGGCUGGGACCAUGUCAAAUUAAAUACAAUUGAAAAUGAAAUAUAAAAGAUAUUACAAAUAAUUUCCAA